AGAGCCGGAAUUCAGCACAACUGCACAAGAAAGAUAUAUUAUCUGACCGUCCGAUGCUCUAAAUUUGCAAUAUAGAUCCUCUUUGAUUGCUCAAACAAUCGCUGUAAUCGGAUAGCUUCGAUCGUUUGAUACUGAUCAUAACUCUCGGCUUCUUCCACUCCUAUAUUGGAUCUUCUGCCUAAAAUGGCAUCAUUGGUUGCCACUGGGAGCAAUCAAAUCUCCCCUUCAGUUUCUAUGCAAGACAAGGGAAGUAGGAAUAAGAGAAAAUUUAGGGCUGAUCUACCGUUAGCGGAACAAAAUAAGAUUAUGCCCUCACCUCAAAAUGAAUGUCUCAAUUAUGAAUUUUCAGCUGAGAAACUUGAAAUAACCCAAGGUCAUGGGCAAGUCAGUGCUUGUGGCCUGUGUAGAUUGAAUCAGAUUUCUGAUGGACUGAAACUUGACCUUGGAUUGUCUAGUCCUGUAGGUUCAUCUAAUGCUGGGCCUGGCCAAUCCAAGGAGGAACUGGAGGCAGAGGAGUUCCAUGAGGCUGAUUGGAGUGAUCUUACAGAAGCUCAGUUGGAAGAACUUGCUUUGAGCAAUUUGGACACCAUUUUCAAGAGUGCAACAAAAAGAAUUGUUGCGUGUGGCUACACUGAAGAAGUUGCUGCAAAGUCCAUUUUAAGGUCUGGCAUUUGUUAUGGAAGCAAAGAUGCAGUGUCCAAUGUAGUUGAUAAUACUUUAGCAUUUCUUAGGAAUGAACAAGAGAUUGAUCCUUCAAGAGAGCACUGUUUUGAAGAUUUACUGCAGCUUGAGAAGUAUAUCUUGGCUGAAUUGGUUUGUGUUCUUCGAGAGGUCAGGCCAUUCUUCAGUACUGGGGAUGCAUUGUGGUGUUUGUUAAUCUGUGACAUGAAUGUGUCACAUGCAUGUGCAAUGGAUGGUGAUCCUUUGAGUAUCUUUGUUAGUGAUGGCACUGCUUGUGGGUGUACCCCUAUCCAAACAGAUUCACAGUUAAAAUCUGAAAUAAAAUGCCCUCAAUUGAGUCUUCCGACUCCCAGUAAUCCAGUUUCAUCAGGUUCUCAUAAUUCUCAAUCUGAGACAUUAUUUGUAGCAGGAGUUCCUGGUGUGAACAACUUGAAGAAUUCUUCAAAUCUAGGUGGAUUCUCAGAGAAAGAGGGCACUGAUUCAAGGUCUGAUUCUAUUGAUAAGGGACUCUGUAGUGCUGGAUCUUCCCAAUCUCCAAUGGUGGAAGAAAAGUUAGGAAGUAUUAGAAAAGUUCAUUCUGGUAGCAUCAAAAGGGAUUACAUUUUUCGACAGAAAUCAUUAAGUAAUCGUACAUAUGGAUCUAAAGCAUCUUCAAGAGGAGGGAAGUUGAGUGGUUUAAUCUUGGAUAGAAAACUGAAAUCUGUGUCAGACUCUACUACCAUUAGCUUGAAGAGUGCAUCUUUAAAGAUAAGCAAGGCAAUGGUAGUUGAUGCGACUCAAGACAAUCUUUGCCCUAAUUUGUCACCUAAUUCUGGACCAUCUACCUCUACUGCAUUUAGUGUCGAUUCUCCUGAUGCCAUUUCUGGUUCCCCCAAGUCCAAUACUUCAUCGCAGCAAGCAGUCAAUAUUUUACCUGCCUCGGGUAGCCCAACUACAUUAUUAGCUACUGAUCCUGAUCUUUCUCUUUCGUUGUCUUCAACAAGCGAAUCUUUUACAAUGCCUGCCAACUGCAAUGCUGAUGCAUUGCAUAAUACUUGUAUGGGGAUAACUUAUGAGAAGUCCUUGGGGCAGCCACUCCAGGAUAGAAAGGAUGAGAUGAUUUUGAAAUUGGUUCCUCGGGUACAAGAGCUCCAAAAUCAGCUUCAAGAAUGGACUGAGUGGGCUAAUCAAAAGGUUAUGCAGGCUGCUCGUAGGCUGAGUAAGGACAAGGCUGAACUUAAGACACUAAGGCAGGAGAAAGAGGAAGUUGAACGUCUUAAGAAAGAGAAGAAAACUCUUGAGGAAAACACUAUGAAGAAGCUGUCAGAGAUGGAAAAUGCCUUGUGUAAAGCUAGUGGACAGGUGGAGCGAGCUAAUGCUGCUGUCCGGAAGCUUGAGGCGGAGAAUGCAGCAUUGAGGAGAGAAAUGAAGGAUGCUAAGUUACGUGCUGCAGAAUCAGCAGCAAGCUGUCAAGAGGUCUCAAGGAGGGAAAAGAAUGCCCUUAUGAAGUUUCAGUCAUGGGAAAAGCAGAGAGCCUCAUUUCAGGAAGAGCUAAUGACAGAAAAGCGUAAAUUGGCGCUGCUGCUGCAGGAAUUAGAGCAAGCUAAAGUGCAACAGGAGCAAGUUGAGGCUAGAUUGCAACAAGAAGUAAAGGCAAAGGAAGAAAUCCUCCUACAGGCUAGUUCCAUAAGAAAAGAAAGAGAACAAAUUGAAGUUUUAGCAAAAUCCGAGGAAGACAUGAUCAAAUCAAAUGCAGAAAAGAAUCUGCAGCGGUACACACAUGAUAUACAGAAACUUGAGAAAGAAAUUGCGCAACUGAGACAGAAGACUGAUUCUUCAAAAAUUGCUGCACUGAGGAGGGGCAUUGAUGGAAGCUACGCCAUCAGAUGUAUGGACAACAAGAAAGAUGGUGUUGCUCUGCAGGAAUCACGGACCUUUUCCAUGUCAGAAGUGGUCACAACUUUAAAUAACUACUCUGUGGUCGGAGGCGUAAAACGUGAACGAGAAUGUGUAAUGUGUCUUUCAGAGGAGAUGUCUAUUGUAUUCCUUCCGUGUGCUCAUCAGGUGGUUUGCACAACAUGCAAUGAGCUCCAUGAAAAACAGGGUAUGAAAGAUUGCCCCUCUUGCAGGAGCCCCAUCAAGCAGCGUAUUUCUGUGCGUUACUUUCACAAGUAAUAUAUUUACUUGAGUGAGUCGUUCGUUCGGAAUAAUGCCCGUGGGACUCCUUGCAAUGAAUACUGCAUUUAAAUCAUGCCUCUCUCUCUGGCCAAAAAAUCAUGCCCCUCUCAGUUUUUUUUCUUUUUUAUACUUAUUUUGGCCAAAUUCUCAGAGUUUGGUUACACUCAAGUGGUUUCCAAUGCUAAGGGUGUUCCUUAGCCACCGGCUGCCCCCCCCCCCUUCCUUCUUCUUUUGAUCUCAUACACUGAAAUUCUAUCAUGUUGACUUCUCAAAAGGAACAACUAUGAAUUUCAGAAUAAUAUUUAAUGGACAUAUACACAGUUGCUGUUAUGGUAGAAGUAAUCGAGCAUUCGAGGGA